CACUAAACACGAUUACCAACCGAAACGGAGCGAGCCAGCAGUCCAAAACUUGAUGCGGUAAAAGAAUGACUGUAAAAGUUGGGUGUGUGUACGUUAAAUAAUAAACAAAAACUUCAGUGCUAGUUUUCGGGAUAUUUUUAUGGAUCCAUAAUAUGAAUGAUUUCGUCAAGCGGUAAUAGGUGUGGACCAAGGGCUGGCCGAUCGCGUUCGGAAUGGAAACGAACAGCAGCAAUCGAGGUUCGACGGGGGCCUUGUCGAGUACCGGGGGCAGCGCUUCAGUCGGCAUGCACCACUCUCUGUCGACGCCGGCAGGCGUAGAUUGCGGCGGCAGCCGAACGCCGCCUGCGACGCCCAAAAAGGGUGGCAAGAUGUUGGCUAUCAGAGUGCAGAUGCUGGACGAUACCGUGACCAUUUUUCAAGUGCAGGCGAAAGCAGUUGGACGAGUAUUAUUCGAACAAGUCUGUAAGCAGUUACACUUAUUAGAAGCUGAUUACUUUGGUCUAGAAUACUCAGAUGAUCAUGGAACGAAGUAUUGGCUGGACCUCCAGAAACCCAUCUCCCGGCAACUGGGCCUGUCGCUGGUCGACCCCCUCCUCUACUUCUGCGUCAAGUUCUACACCCCCGACCCCGCCCAACUGGAAGAAGAGUACACCCGGUACCUGUUCUGUCUUCAAGUGAAAAGGGACCUGUCUCAGGGAAGCAUGCAGUGUAACGAGAACACGGCAGCUCUUAUGGCCAGCUACAUCGUUCAGGCCGAAUGCGGAGACUACGUCGCUGAAGAUUACCCCGACCACACGUACCUUUCCAGUUACAAGUUCGUGCCCCAACAGGACCACGAGAUGGAGAGGAAGAUCAUGGAGAAUCACAAAAAACAUGCGGGCCAGUCGCCUGCAGAAGCGGACCUAAACCUAUUAGAAACAGCGCGCCGAUGCGAACUAUACGGAGUUAAAAUGCACCCUGCCAAAGACCACGAAAACGUGCCGUUGAAUCUGGCCGUAGCUCAUAUGGGCAUCAUAGUUUUUCAAAAUUAUACCAAAAUCAACACGUUUUCAUGGGCGAAAAUUAGGAAAAUAUCCUUCAAACGGAAACGAUUUCUCGUCAAACUUCACCCUGAGGGAUACGGCUAUUAUAAAGACACCGUCGAAUUUUUCUUCGAAGGUAGAAACGAAUGUAAAAAUUUUUGGAAAAAGUGCGUGGAAAAUCACGGGUUUUUCCGAUGUUCCUCAGUCAAACACGUCUCACGGCACAAAACAAGAGUACUAUCGAGAGGUAGUUCUUUUAGGUAUAGCGGUAAAACCCAGAAACAAAUAAUCGAAUUCGUGCGAGACAACUACGUCAAACGUCAAACAUUCCAAAGGUCACAAUCAUUUCGCCAUUCUAGCGCGCACUCGAGCGCCUCCAACAUGCAUUCACAUUCGACAACUGUCGGGAACAGCAUUUCCGCGCAUCCUCUGUUACCUCUCGCUGACACCAACCUGAGCGUGGAAGUGUCCAAACUCUCGGCGUCGCUGGGUUCGAUGGGGGCGCAUGUGGGCCCACGACCGGGUUCUCCGACGACGAAAUCAGCCUCUCGCCACCUCGGCACAGCUACAUCCUGGAGCUCGGUCCCCGACACCAGGCCUUCCACUCUGCCCCCCAAUCAGACGAUGAGCUCUCCCGAGGAGUCUGCGAUCAUGAGCCCAAUCCAUACGAAAGCCACUAUUACCAGCUCUCCGCUCGCCGUCCGCGCAGCUGUUCACAGGGCAGAUACAGAUGAUAGCAAGAAGGAGCUCCUAGAAAGAACCAAAGUCGAAGAUGCUAAAAUACGCGACAACAACAACUUCUACACUUCCACUCCGCUCAGGUCAGCUAACGGCAACGUUUCUGAACUCUCGCUGGCAGCUUCAAACGGCAACUACAGUACCACCAAUACUCUCAAUAGCGACGACAGUCCUUCCAAGGUUUUAGCUAAAGAACAGCUGAUGAACAGUAUCAACGCAAAUACAAUGGUCAAUGGCAACUCAACCAACACUACGACAAUCAUCGCUGAAAUUGAAGGAGAAACAAAGAAAAAGUCGAAACAUGUCGUUGACAAGACCUACUAUAUAGCUAAAGAAAUUUUAAUGACAGAACUGACGUAUAAAAAAGAUUUGGAUGUGAUCAAUGUUUGGUUCAGAGAUGAAGUAGGAAAAGAAGAGCCCGAAGAAUGCCAGAUCCUCUUGUCACUAAUAGCACCUUUGGCCCAGGCGCACGGUCUCCUGGUGAAAGAUCUAGAGAAGAGGCUGAAGAGUUGGGACAUCAAAGGCGGUCCGAGGGCAGUACCUAUGGCGGAAAAAAUUGCUGAUGUCCUUCUGGCCCAUCUUCCGCCACUCUUGCCGAUUUAUGAAGAGUACCUCGAUGGCCAUAUGCUAGUCUUAGAACGUCUCGAUGCAGCUUUCAAACAAAACAACCGCUUCGAGCAGCUAUACCGCGACUUCGAAACUCAAAAAGUAUGUUAUCUUCCGCUCACCACGUUCGUCCUGAAACCUCUCCACAGGCUGCUCCAGUAUCAGUCCCUCUUAAAACGGCUUCUUAAUUACUACGACGAAAACCACCCCGAUAGAACCGACUGUAGAACCGCCAUAGAUACGUUGAAAGACUUGAUGCUGCCAGUUUCGGAAACUCUUGAACAAUCCAAGAACCUUGCGACGUUGUGCGAGCUGCAAAGAGAUAUAGUCGGAUUUGACAAUCUGGUACAACCUGGAAGAACAUUCAUCAGGCACGGGUGUCUCUUGAAGCAUUCGCGAAAGGGCUAUCAACAACGAAUGUUCUUUUUGUUCUCCGAUAUUUUAUUAUACACAUCACGAUCGCAAGCUACUCUGCAGUUCAAAGUCCACGGUCACAUGCCCCUCAGGGGAGUACUGAUAGAAGAACCUGACGGCGAUUUGAUGUUCAACGGUUUGAUCAUUUACGGCGGCAAUAGAGCACUAACUGUAGCCGCUAAUUCGUUGGAAGAGAAGGAGAAAUGGAAGACGGACCUCCAACGUGCCAUACAGAUGGCCAGAGAUAAAUCCGAUACGAAAAUCACGUAUUUGAGUCUUAAAAGUUGUAGUUCUUCGGACGAGCAUAUAGAUCAGGUUGGCAACAAUGACGUUGGUACUCAGACUAAACCACAGGCGCAGAGAAGCAACACCACGGUACACGUGUGCUGGCAUAGGAGCACCAGUAUUAGCAUGAAAGACGAGUUAUUGGCUGUGGAGAAUCAACUCUCCGGUUAUCUUUUAAGGAAAUUUAAAAGCAGCAAUGGUUGGCAGAAACUCUGGGUGGUAUUCACGUCCUUCUGUCUGUUCUUCUACAAAGGUUGCAUCGACGAUUUUCCCCUAGCAUCGCUGCCCCUGCUGGGGUACACCAUCAGCCCCCCUUUGCGAGAAGAUAUGAUUUCGAAGGACUAUGUGUUUAAGCUGCAAUAUAAGAAUCACGUGUAUUUCUUCAGGGCGGAAUCAGAGUACACGUAUAAUAGAUGGAUGGAGGUGAUUGGUAGCGCCACUCAAAUCAGGAAGAGGAAGGCAGCAGUAGUAAACGAAAACCAAAUUGAAACUUCUUCAGAGAAGUAGAGCUCAAGGAUAUUACUUAAUAUUUGUUUUGAUAUUAUUUACAAAAAAAACUUCCUGAAAAACAGCAAAAUCAGUUUAUAUCAUACGCCAAACCUGGUGAACAUGUAGAAAUUUAUAAGAUGUAGAUAUCAUACCAUUUUGUAGUAUUUUUUUUUUUAUAAAUGGGGGCAAUGGGACGUAAACAAUUUAGAAGGAAAAAUAGUUUAAAACUUACAUAUAAGUAAAAACUUCGAUUUGUAUACUGGUAUAAAAAUUUAUUAAAACUUUUAAAAAGUCAUCCAACUGUAGUAAAACAGAACGUUUUCGAUCUAAUAGCAGAUCAUCCUCAGUGCCUAGAAUGAAGUAUUUCCACGUUAGAAUGAGUGCAAAAGGUUAAAAUUGUGAGUGUUAAUAAAAAGCAUGUGGUAAAUACGUAUACAAAUCGAAAUUUUUAACUUCUGUGUAAGUUUUAUAACUAUGGUAUACAGUCAGCUAGUGGGAUUUUGCUUUUAAUUUGAAAAAAUAGUGUGUAUAACGAUUGUUCACCUGGUUUAACGUUGUCUGUACCAUGUAAAAUGCAUCAGCCAUAUUAUAUUUUUUUUUAAUUUUAACACUUUUACAUGAAAUAUUUUAAAAUUUGCUGUGAAAAACGAAUUUACUAGUAUCGUUAAUGUCUAAUUGAUAUUUUUAGCCUUUUUAUUGGCCUGAAAAUGAUAUUUUAGAAAUCGUUCAGGAUCGGUCUUCCACAUUCAGUAUUUAAUAAAGCAAUUUUUAGACUUUUUAUAAUAAGAACUGACCUGUACAUUCCAUAAAACGUUGAAUUUUUAUUAUUAAUUUCAGGAAAACGCCAGCAGCGACAUCUACUAAUAUUCCAGCGAGCGCGCCCUUUAAUAUCACAUGAACGGGUGCGUGUCGUAAAUUUUACGUCUUUUGUAAAUAAUGUUUUCUUUAAAUAAAUCUUGGUAAAUUGUUACAAGAGUAUAAAAAAUUAUAUUUUAGUAUACUUUAAACUAAUAUUUUUUUUUAUAUUUGUUUGCAAAAAAAUCAAACAAAACUUUAAAAAUAUAGUUUUUUAAAAGAAUCUGACUCUAAGGUUAAAGAAAAAUAUCUUAAUUCAUAAACCAUGAAAUUUUGAACGCCAUAGAAUUAAAACAAAUAUAGUAGUAAUAGAAAAUUCCCGUAGAUGUCGCUGUUGGCGUUUCUUAAGGACUAAAACUCACACGAUAUUAUUUAUAAAUAUUAAUUUUCUAUUCCUUCCAGCUGUGUAACAAAGUGCCUGUCUAAAAAAUAAUACAGCUACUAACUUUUACAAUAUUUUUAAAUACGAUUAAAAUAUAAGUGUGAUUUUUUACGGAGCAGCUACAAAUGUUUAUAAUUUAUUAAUAAAAAAAAAAUUAAAAUUUGCAUUUAAUUUAGAUAAAAUAUUUAUGACCUACUUUUUUAACACAUUAUAAAAAUAUGUUAAAAAAAUUUUCAGGGCUUAAAUUUACUUGGUCCCACACAUCGUGUCAGAAUUUUUUGAAUAUAUGCAAUCAGAAAAAAUAUAAAAGGAAAAUGAGGGACUGAUAAUUUUAGACCCUUUUUCCAAAUUUCUUCAAGCUAUCUGUCCAUGUGAAAACUACGAUAGAGACCAAAACAGAAUAAGAAGAGGCUAAUAUAUAAAGAAGGGAACAUGAAUGUAAGGAAAAGUGAAGAAAUUGUAUAGCAAGUAUUGGAAGAAUAAAAAGAUGGAGUAGAAAAUAGUAAAAUUAUUACUAAACUGUUUUAUAUUUGCCAGAUCGAAAGAUUAUACAAAAUACUAUUUUAUAUUGAUAUAUUAUUAGGAAAAUGUAAAAGUAAACUGAGUGACUGAUAAUUUUAGACUCUUUAGCGAAAUUUCUCCAAAUUAUCUGUUCAUGUGAAGAAAAAUCAGCGUGAAAACUAAGAUCGAGGCGAAAACGGAAUAAGAAGAAGCUAACUAAUGACGAAGAGAAGAUGAAUGGAAGGGAAAAUUUAGAGAAUUGUAUAGCAAGUAUUGAAGGACUAAAAAGACGGAGUGGAAAAGGGUAAAAAUAUUACUAAACUCUUUUAUAUUUGAUAGAUCGAAAUAUUACACAACAUACUACUUUAUAUUGAUAAUAAAUUAGGAAAUGAAAUGCUUACACAUUUUAUUUACAUAUAACUAUGAGUAUUCUCACGAAUGAUUGUAUAAUAAUUAAUUUUUCUUUUAUUUUAACGCAUUUUUAUUAAUUUUUUUCUGCAUUUUGUUUUAUCCAGUGUUGGGAAAAAGUUAAUUUCAGCCCGAAAUACAAACGAUUCGACGAGAUCGCCGCAAAAUAUUUAUAUCUAUUUGAUCCCAAGAGUAUUAAAGAAGAAAACUAUGCGUAGCUUUUUUAAAUCCAUUCCUGUAUAGACCUAGAUCCUGCGUACCAAAAAAAGUUGAUUAAUAGCAAGCUGAAAAUUUGUUAAUAGCUUAACGGUGUCUAGUCGGACAAACUUUGAUGUACUGGAACAGGGGAAGUUUUAAUUUUGGAACGUCAGAUUACGAAAACGCCCCACGUAUUUUGUCGGACAAAACUUCCAAUUGAUUUGUUAGCGUUUCAUUAAACUCUCAUGCAAAAAUUAGACUGCUAUUUAUCACCGAUAUAAUUCCUGUCAUUUGACAUGUUCUUCGUGUUCCACUCAUUAAAAUACCCAGUUGGUGAUAAACAUCAGUCUGAUUUUUGCAUGAGAGUUUAAUGAAAUGAUAACAAAUCAAUUGGAAGUUCUGUCCGACAAAAUACAUGGAACGCUUUCGUAGUCGGACGUUCCAAAUUUUUAACCUGUUCCACAAUUAAAACGUCCCCUGUUCCAGUGUUCCCAUACAUCAAAGUUUGCCCGACUAGACACCGUUAAGCUAUUAACAAAUUUUCAGCGUGCUAUUAAUCAACUUUUUUUGGUACGCGGGAUUCAGGUUUAGUAUCCUUCGUGCCUUCGAAAUUUUUUAGAAUUUUUGUAAAUAUGUAUAAUAGGAGGGAAUCCACUGUACUUUUUUGUGACUUAUUGAACUAAGAGGCAGCUGAGUGAUUUUAUUUUAUUUUAUUUGUGAGAGAAUAUUGAAUAUAUUUAUCGAUUAAUGUAAUAAUUUUAAACUUAUUGUAAUUUUAAUUGUUAUUUUAUUUAAACAAAAUAAAAUGGUUUAUUAAAAGUGA